UAAAGUGAAAGUCUCGAUGUAUUUUCUAAAAAUAACACCAGAGUUCGUUCCAAGCGCUAUAUUUAGUUUUUAGACAUUUGACAAAAAAGAUGGCAGCGAGUGCUGACUGCUGUGACUGCUGUCCUUCGGUUAUAUUGCGAAAAUGGCGCAUUUUGUGAUAUUUUCACACAAAAAUAUAAUUUUAAGUGCAAAUUUGUGUAGUGCUGCAUUGUGAUGAAGUGUUAUUAUACAUGAAUGACAGUGAACUCGUGUGUAAAUAAGACAGCGACUUUCUUCUGGAUAUUGGAUUACACAUAAAAUAAAGUCACAAUGGUAGUGGGCGAAAAUAAGCGCACCGCCAAUAUCAUGGACGGGAUCGAAAACACCGGCGACGUGCGUAUGCACGACCACCGGCUGAGGCUCAAACAAAGAUUUGACAUAGUAAGAAAAUUAGGACAAGGCACGUACGGCAAGGUGCAGCUCGGUAUCAACAAGAAGACCGGUCAGGAAGUGGCCAUUAAGACAAUAAAGAAAUGCAAGAUCGAAUCUGAAGCGGAUCUGAUUCGUAUAAGAAGAGAAGUACAGAUCAUGUCGUCGGUCAGACAUCCAAACAUUGUACAUAUCUAUGAAGUAUUCGAAAACAGUGAAAAAAUGAUCCUAGUGAUGGAAUACUGUUCCGGUGGCGAACUGUACGAUUAUCUCAGUCAGAGGAAAGUGUUACAAGAGGAUGAAGCCCGAAGGCUUUUCAGACAAAUCGCCACUGCGGUGUAUUACUGUCACAUUCACAAAAUCUGUCACAGAGAUUUGAAAUUAGAAAACGUAUUGUUAGACGAUACUGGAAGCGCUAAGAUCGCGGACUUUGGUUUGUCGAACGUUUUCAAAGAAACGUCUCUGCUGUCCACGUUCUGCGGGUCACCUCUGUACGCGUCUCCUGAAAUCGUCAAAGGAACACCUUAUAUCGGGCCCGAGGUGGAUUGCUGGUCUCUAGGCGUUCUCCUGUACACUCUAGUCUACGGAGCCAUGCCGUUCGAUGGCUCCAACUUCAAGCGGCUGGUCAGGCAAAUCAGUAACGGAGACUAUUACGAGCCCAGGAAUCCUUCGAGUGCCUCGCCCUUAAUCCGUGAUAUGCUCACGGUCGAUCCUUUGAAACGUGCUGACAUCGCCUACAUAUGUGAUCAUCCGUGGGUGAACACUGGCUGCGAGACGUCAUGCCUGGAGAUGGCUGAAGCGCUAGCCGCCGAAACUCCAGUGCGUUUGGAUCUGCUGCUCUCGCUGGCUCCGGCUGCUCCUUCUAACUCCAACUCUGUUAUGGUUCCGGCUGAGGCCGAAAUGGGUCCGGAAGAGAGCUGCACCGACCUGACAAGCUCGACGUCGAUGGCCCUAGAGCCCAGCAAUUCCGCUGAAAAGAGAAUCCUUGAAUUGGUUGCAGAGGGCGGUGAAGACGCAAUAAAACCAUCGCCGACGAGAACAAUAGUUUCUGCAGGGGAGAACAAACGGAAAUUGGAGCUCGCCAUGUCUGCUAGUGGACUACAGCGGAAGAAAGAGAGAGUGCCGAGCGCGGCAAGUAUCGCGCCCCCCGGCGGCUCGGUGCCGGAGGAGAGCCCCGAGGCGCAGGACGCGGCCACCACGCCAACACCCCCCGACGAACCACCCCCACUCCUCGCUGACGAGUCGGUACAGCCAUCGCUGAAGUCUUCGGCCACCAUGACGAUAACGCCCACACCAGUAGAGCUCGUAAAAGACCUGACCAAGGAGAUCAUCAGGGACGCUCCGAAAGACGAAGAGAAGGACAAGUCUGGGGCGAGGCCACGGGUCGUCAUCAAGAAAAAACCUUCACCGACUAAAACGGUUGAAGAGAAACCCCCGCCGCCUGACACUGUUGAAGAGCUCAAGUUAGCGGAACAAGAGGAGCCGAAGUCAAACGCAGUAGCGUCGGCGGCCGACAAACUCACUUCUCUGAGCAUCGCGCAGCAACCUGCGAACCAAGCUCCCGCUAAACCUAAGAAACUCUCAAUACCAGGUGGAAAUGUCGGUAACUUCAAGGAACAAUUCGAGAAACGGGCGAAUUCUGUAUCAAAGCCAGUGGUAUCGAAGAUCGCCAAGCCCAAAGCUCAAAGUGAAGACCGCGAGCUUUCGAACAAAACUUCAGACAAUGGCACUGUUCGACUGCAACAGAUCGGAAUUGAACCUGCACCGUCUCCGAUCGAGCUGGAAAUGAAUCGGGGCGGCGUGAAGAAAACCGAGAGCGAACCGACACACGGCGCGGCCGCGGUCGACCCCUCCGUGCUCCUCAGCGACGCUAGACGAAGUCUCCAGAAUUCCAUGGCGAAGCUUGUGGAAGAGAAAACAGGAGAGGAGAGUCGUCGUCGGGCUGCGCGCGAUAUUAUAUCGUCCGCCAUCCGCACAGGCAAGCCUCCGGUGCCUUACGGGCGCUCGUCGUCGGCGGGCGUGGCGUCGCUGGUGUCGCCGCCCGGCACCCCGCCCGCCGCCGCCGCCCCCGCGCGCCUCUUCCGCACCGAGGCGCACCACCAGGUCGAGGAUCAUCGCAACAGGGGUGUAUCGGUGGAACGUAUUAUCCCGAUUCAAGUGUCGCCGGACGAGCCUCCUACCUCUCCACCCCCCGCCCCGCCCGCGCACCACACACCUCACACCCCCUCUACGCCGUCGGCCCCCACCACACCCUCUGCCCCACGUCCCGCACCACGAGCUACCACUCCUCAAACACCACUCAGGCGACUAGCAUCAACCGAGUCCAACGUGAGCGAGGCCUGUUCGAGUCCAGGCGAGCCCAUCAAGAAGUCAGCCCGGGAGUUCAUCAUCCCCAUCGCGGUCGAGGGCAAGGGAUACGUUACCCCGCGACAACGGAGCCUCGAACCGGAACAGUCGCAGACCCGACUGCCGCGGAACACCAAGACGCGCAGGCUCGGGAGCCUGGUGAGCGGCGGCGAGUCUGAGGAGGAGGACGAGUCCCACAUGCAUCGCCUGCGACCCAGCCGAGCCGCGCGGGCCGAGUCCGUCAGCUCUGGGGAGGAGGACGAGGAGGACGAGGGCUUCCAUCUCCUCACCGCCGAGAACCUCUUCUCUACCCUACUGCACAGGGUACGUGCCCUCACCCAGCGCUUGAACGGCGAGGAGGGUCCCGGUUUCCCGCAGCACACACACUCACUGUUCAAUAACUUGCAUCAGUCGCCGUUCUUCAACAGCCCCCACUUACCAAGGCGAAAUUUGUUACGGGAAGGCUGGGGCGCUCGGGACCUCCACGCCGACUUCGACUCCAUGUUCAACAAGUCCCGGCAGUCGAUGCCGCGAGGUAGCACUAAGAAGUCCAACAAACACCGAACGAAGGCUCCCCAAAACGAAGAAACGACCGAAGAGAGCGGCUUAGACCUUUCGGACCUCGACUUGAGCUCGAUUGAGUUUUCGGAAAAGGAGAUGCGCGCGCUGUCCGGUCUCACGCCGGCGCUGUCCCGCCGUCUGCAGCGGCAACUGCUCGCCCACCUGCCGCCCGCCGCCGCGCGCUCCCUCCGCCGCACGCUCUCUCUGUCCGCACCCGCCGCGCCCGCCGCGCCGCCCACGUACGCGCGCAGCCACUCCGCCGCCGAACACGAUUCCGAGACGCGACCUCCACCAGAACCAGAACCCGAACCCGAACUAGGGGAGAAGCCGGCGGACGUCGCGCGGCCCCAGUCCUCGACGUUACCGCGGCCGCGACGGCGCUCCGUGUCGCGCGAGCCCACUCCGACCAGCCCUCCCGUCGCCGACCCGGAGCCGGACUCGGGCCGCCGCGACCGCCCGCUCCUCAGCAAGUACCUGUCAUUGGACGAACCUUACGCGUCGGACGGCUGCAGCAUUCUGUCGGAUCCGAGCUACGUGGCGGCGUACGGGCCGGCUCCGCGCCGACACUCACUCCGCCUCACUGGAGACCAGCCCCGGAAGCGAUACUCUAGAUUCUUACGUUCUGAUUUUUUCGAUUCGCCGGCGGACGAGAGCGUUUACGUUAAACAUAAAAAAGAGAAAGAAAUGGAGACCCAAAAAAUACUUCGAGAAAUUCGAGAAAAGAGGAGAUCGCAAGAGGUGACGUCCCCGAAAGAAGGGUACGAUUUACCAGAGGCCUCUCUUUUGUCGCGAGAAGAUUCCCUCGGGUCCCGAAAAAGUCUUUCACCUAUUAGCGUGCUGUCAAACAAAGACCGCAGUAGGUCCGCAACUCCAUUCUUCCCCAUCCUGGACAACAUUAAGGAAACCGCCGCCGACGCAUCGUUAACAUCGAGAACGCAAAUUCCGGGUGACCUUAAGCAAAAACCUCGUUUUGAUGAAACUUCAAUUAGUAAAGAAUCGAGACUGACUAGACCCAAGAGCUAUCCCAUCAAAACAUUAGACUCGAUUGAUGAGCCAGAUGAACAUAAGGUAUCGGAGAACAUAGCUAACAAACAGAAUGAAAGUGUAGAUCGAACCGCUUCUAAAGAAUCUAAACUUAUCAGACCAAAGAGCUACCCCGCCGGCAGCCCGUCUCCCGAGAAAGUGUACAUUAGUCGUAAUUUAAAAAAAGACGAAACGAAAACUGUGAAGGACGAAGCACCUGCUGAUUUGAAAUCUGAUGUGGAAGUCAGUUUUAGUAUAACUUUGCCUAAAAAGGUAAAAACUGAUCCUUCGACAAAGACAGAAUCGGUCAGUAACAAACCUUUACAAAUGAACGUUAACGCUGAUGGUAAAGGGGCCACAACAGACGCGGCAAGUAGCCUGAUUAUAAAGAAGUAUCAGGUAGUCAAGGAAGAUAACGUUAUUAAUCCUGAAAGCAAUGAUAAAAAAGUGAAAAAUGGCACUAUUGUACCCAACGCCAGUUCAAAUGAAGUUGCUGUUAAAUUAGAAGAUAUAAUCAAAAAUAAAUCAUCGAACAAUGUCCAAAAGGGGGACUCUAAUAAAUCGAUUGAAAGUGAUUCCGGUGAAAAGAAAACUACCACGAAGAAAAAGAUAAUACGGAAAGUUUCUUCGAAAACAAAGACUGAUAUUGCAAACAGCCAAGACACGGGUGAAGCUAAAACGACUACCGAAAAGAAAAAAGUUACCAAAAAAGUAAAAGAAAAAUCUGAUGAGGAUUCCGUGAAAACCACUAUUCCUAAGAAAAAAUCUGUUCUGCAAUCAAUAGGUCAUAAACUAGAGAAACUGACCACAAACAAAUCUAGUUCUCCCGAGAAAACGGCGGACACCACUACAGCCAGUGAUAAAUUAAAUCGUACAAAAUUAAGUAGAUUGCAACGAGAGCAGUCUGUGCCCGUGAGUGCCGAGCCUCCCAAUGAAUCCAACCUCAUUAAAAGAGCAGUUACUUUGACCGAUGUAGCGGCUUUAGACAGUCCAAAUACAAAUAACAAAACGACAGUCUCCAAGGUUUUGGGUCUGUUUAAAAAGUUCGAAUCCAAAGAUAAAACAAAACUUUUGGAAUCAUCGCAAAACAAAAAGUUGUUCGAAAUUGAUGAAAACGGUCACAAUAACGACUCAUUGAGUUCAACAGUCUCUGAAGCUAUCGACAAACCGCGCCGGCCGACUUCCUUACUUCUGAACGGUCUGGGUCGCAAGAAUAAAUGUGUUCGAACGUCCAGCGACAGUGUUACUGCGCUGCCAACCGAAGACGACGAUCAAACUGUACUUAAAAAAGAAUACGACCCCAAACACAGAAACAGUUUAAAAUUAGAUUUCUCCAGAUUGCCAAGAGUUAAAAAAAUAGUUCCUACCAAUCCUGUGAUAGAACCGCAAAUAAUCAAUUUUUCCUCGAACGACAACGAAACUGAGAAAAAGGAUGCACAUAUGAAAUACAACCUUCUCAACAAAGAGAUUAGCACAAACGUUGACAACGCCAACACACUGAGCCGCAGUCGAUCGAGAAGCAGGUCAACGGUUUCAAACUCUGAUAUUAAAUCUGACAAUAGCGGCGAUAUUAAAUCGAUAUCCAAAAAUCCAGCAUCGCCCUCCGACAAUAACACAUCUUCUGUCCAUCCGCUGCGUAGUACGGAAUCUGUAACGCCAGAAACCGAGGACAUCGUCGAUAGAAUACGACGAAAGAGUUUUUAUUCGAGAUUCAAUGAAAAGAAGCAACGACGAAAAAGUAGUUUGGUCGGGCCCGGAGCCGCCGAGUACGAUCCGAUCGCUCGGAUACACGCCGCCCCAUCCGACAACAAGUACGACGCGUCGCCCUCCUCCCCGGCCGGCUACGAUAUAUCCCCGGGACUCUCCAUAUCAUCAGAUCUAUCUCCCUCCACGGACCGGUACAGAUCGCUUCUCAGCGAAAUGCCCGUCAGUCCUAGGAGUAGCCGAUUUGAUAGUAGCGGACUUAAUGAUAAUAAAAUUGAUACGUACAGAUCUCUCGACCGUAACGACUUUCGGAAAUAUCCGAGCAGUCGAAGUUACUUAGACUACGAACAGCCGCUGUCGUUUGGAGCUUCUAGAUAUUCCAGGACGAAAUCGUUAUUGGAGAACUCGGAGGGACCAGACGAUGCCGCGCUCGCGCACUCGAUCAGAGAUCCGCAUAAAUACAACAGAACCCUGUCCAUGUACUCGCCCGGCAACUAUGCUACAUAUCGGCCCAUGAGGACGCGUAAUCCCGCGAUCAUGUUGAAAGAGAGCGAAAAAGAACCGAGCCCCGAAAACAUACUGGAUAAAAUAAGACAGAGGAAAAAGAUUUCGAUCAGUGUGACCAGAAAACCCGACGAAAAGGAAACACUACCAAGAUCCAUUGUCCCAUCUAAAGGCGAAGGCGACGGUGCAGAAUGCUCUGAGAAAGUUGGCUGAGAGGAACUAUUGAUUAUAACGAAAAGUAAUUUGAUUUUUCGAGUUACUCAGCAUUUGUUAGGAUUCACUAAAAUAAACACGAAACAAACCUUGUUCUUUUGAUCAUGAAGCCCAUAGAGGUAGUUUGACUGUAUCUAUUGUAAUCUUGCCAAAACCUAGAUCUUAGACAAAACAAAUUAAUAAUAGUCUCGUCACCGAAUCGAUGCUUAUCAUAAGACUGCAAGUCUGGAAGCAGAAGUAUUGUUUAGAAUCUCAACUGGAAUUUAAUAGGAUUUGAAAGUAUCUGAGAUUUUUUAUUAUGAAAUCUCACGAUUAGAAUGUAGCACGCGCAUAUUAAUUUACGACGAAUGUAGAAUUAAUCAAUUAUCUUUGUAAGCUUACUGACGCUAACUCGGGCUUGUUUCGAUAGCUUUUUAAGCUGGACAAGUUUUUGUAAUGACAAAGUAAAUGUAAUAUUUUGCCGAGUGAACUUUUUUAGGUGUUUAUUGUAUAUUGAUUCUUACGUGCCUUUAUAAAAACAUAAGUGACUGGAUUUGUUAUAGUCCGCAUUACAUGGAAAGAGACAGAGUGACACAAUUUUAGUGUUUGCACAAAUACGUAUUACUCAAUUUUUUUAUUAUUAUUAUAAUUUUUCAUAGUUGUAUUAUUAUUGUGUAUUUACAUUUUUUUUAUGCGACAAUUCAAUUUUAAGUUUGAACGUUUAUCUUAAUUUAAAGUAUUGAAUGCUAAGUCAGAUCGUAACAGUAAUCGAAUAGAAAGGUGCUUAGAUUUCGUUAGGUUUAACUAUUUGUAGUACUGACUCGUUAUAGACUCACACAAGGUAUGUAUAGGAUUGCGUUUGUCUACACUUUUAGCUAACUACGCCGUAUUCGUUUCUCACGACCAGUAUUCUGUAUACAAAAUUGUAUAAGCGAAUAUAUUUUUGCCUUUUCUGAAUAUCACAAAGAAAAGCCUAACAAAAAACCUUAGUGAUUUUAAAAAGCAAUGUUUUAUGAAUUUGUCGUUUAUUUUGACUUAUUUAUUACAUUUUUUUAGAAUUCAAAUUAUUUAUUGGUGUGUAAUGAUUUUAAUAUUUGUCUGUUAGUUCACACGUGACGUGAUGACGAUGUAUGUUAAAUAUUCAUUACACACGUUUUGUAUUGAAUGUGAAUAAUAAAUUAUAUAGUUGCGAA